UUUGUUCGUGUUUUAAGUAGAAAUAAGUAAAAACACUGUGGAUUUAUAAUUAUUUUUCAAAUUUAAAUAGAAAGCUUUUUCAAUUAUCGCCUUAGAUAAAAGCGAUUGUAGCUCUUUCUGCCGUAAUUGUAUUUCAAUAGAAUCUCUGACAGGGUGGCGGCUGCGGGAUGACUUUUGAUAAGUCAACUGAUAACCUCGUACAGGACUGUUGAAUCGAGAAGGGGAGAGUUGGUUUUGGCCGAAUCGUUCGAUAUGUUGAACCCAUCAGACAUGGGUAUCAUUCCGAUGUAACUUUUCUUCCGAUAAGUUCUGUCAUAAUAUAAUUUUGGUUAAACAUAAUCAUUGUUACUUUUUAUUUUUUGUUUUUAUUGAGAUUAACUUUUGUCAUGAUGAAAACUGGCAUGUUAAUUAUAUCAAACCCAAAGAAAUACUAUAAAUUUAUGCCGAUAUUACAAAAGGAGAUUACAAACACUCUUUACGUCCAUCUAGUGUCUAAAUGUCCGAAAUUGCUAACCAGGCGUAGUGAUCAAAUGCAUUAUGGUGCAAACUUCAGCUCGACUAUGAUCGAUCUGUACAGGACAUCAAUUUGCAUUAGAAAUCUCGACGUUCGUGUCCUUUUGCACGGACCUGUACUUACUCCACCUGCAAAGAUUUCGACAAACCUCCCAAUCGACGUUGUGUACUUUGACGAUGAAAUACCUACACAGGAUAUGGAAUGUUUCUUACACGAGUGCCUUACAAACAAAGCUUCUGAAUGCAAGAAGAUUCCUCUUAAGGCGAAGGAUUGGGAUAUCAAUGAGAUGAACAGUGCAGACCAAGACAACGAGUCAUACGACUGUGUCGUCCUUGGUGGUACGUUUGACAGGCUUCACCUGGGACACAAGAUCCUGCUCAGCGAAGCGAUUUUGAGAUGCAGAAAGAAACUUAUCAUUGGUGUCACCGAUGCUGGAAUGAUAAAAUCUAAGAAACUUUGGGAGUUAAUAGAAUCCAGUGAAACGAGGAUAAACAAUGUAAAAAAUUUUGUAUUAGAUGUCGAACCCAUGCUGGAAGUCAGUGUCGUACCGAUCAGUAAUAUGUUUGGCCCUACUAUAACUGAACCAAAUAUCGAUAUGAUUGUCGUAAGCCAAGAGACUACGAAAGGUGGUAAUAUCGUCAAUGAAGAAAGGGUCAAGAAAGGUAUGAAACCAUUAGUCGUACAUAGCGUUGAACUCAUAAAUGACUUUAAGUGCCAUGAAAUUGAAGAAGAUAAGAUCAGUUCAAGCAAUGAUAGGUUGCGUAUACUUGGCUUGAAACUUAACAAACCUGUGAAUACUCCAGACAGACCAAACCGUCCUUAUGUAAUUGGCCUUUGUGGUGGGAUCGCUAGUGGAAAGACUCAUAUUAGCCAAAGUUUGAAAGAUUUAGGUGCAGGGGUGAUAGACUGUGAUAGAGUAGCGCACGAUUUGUAUAGAGUUGGUGAGGAUGUUUAUCAUACUCUUGUACAACAUUUUGGUAAAGAUGUACUGAGUGAAAACGGUGAGAUCAACAGAAAAAAAUUGGGACAAAUUGUAUUUAACAGCAAAAAAGAAUUGGAUGAACUUAACCGAAUAAUGUGGCCGGCAAUAUUUAAAAAGUGCGAGGCGAUUAUGUAUCAAAUGUAUACAGAAGAGGAAAAAGAAGUAAUUGUAUUAGACGCUGCUGUGUUGUUGACGGCCGGCUGGGACAAACAUUGCCAUGAAGUAUGGGCCACCAUCAUUCCACAAGAUGAAGCUGUCAAGAGGUUAAAGAAGAGGAAUAAUUUAACCCAUGAACAGGCCAUGUCGAGGAUUUCUGCCCAACCAAGUAACCUUGAACACGUACAAAAAGCUCAUGUUGUGUUUUGCACUCUUUGGACUCGUGAAUAUUCAGUCAAGCAAGUGGAAAAGGCAUGGUUAGAGCUUCAAGACAGGCUGCAAGAUAAUAGUUGACGCAAAAAGAGAUAUUUUUGACUCCUAAUAAACAAGAAAUGUUAUUUUUAUGAGGAAAGGAAUUAAACAUAUAUUUUUAUCACAAAA